AUGAUCAUUAAAUACCUAGAACCGGUUCAGAUCCAAUGUGCGAUGUUGCCAAAAAGUGAUAUAAAACUUGAUUUUGGAUUAAAUCGUUACGAUCUCUGUUCUAGAGAUUAUGACUACAUCAAAAGUAAAUUAAAUGCAGUACAUACAGUUCUGCUGAUUAAAUUUGAGAAGUUUGCCAUCCUUAGCACAUUUGGAGGGGUUUAUUUUUGUAAAAGUACUCAGUUUGGGUUUUAUUUCCUAGUUAGGAUCGUUUGA